UCGCACUGCACAGGUGUCUUGGAAAUCAGCUGUGGGCGGUGUACAAUUACAAAUCGUUUGUGUUGCUGGAAUUGAUGCAAUUUAAUUAAAUUGGAACGUUGGACAUGUAGCGCAGCUGGACCACAGGCGAACAUGAAAGAAGUGGGCAUCGCUCUGCCCAAGUCCCGCGGCGUGGGCGUGGGAGUACUCGCUGCCUUCCUGUUGUGCUUCAUUUUCUACUAUUUCUACGGCGGUUACAUGACGUUGGCACUCUUCGCAGGAAUCAUCCUGCUGAUAUUCUACUAUGCCCAGGACCUGCUUCUCUACCAUCCGGACUUGCCAGCCAACUCCCGCAUUUACAUACCCAUUCCGACAAUGCACAACCUGCCGCACAUUACGGUCAGCAUCAAGACACCCGACGAUGUCACUCUGCACGCCUUUUGGGUUACCCAGCCGGAGGAGCGCUCCAAGUCGGCGCCCACGCUGCUCUACUUCCACGGCAACGCUGGCAACAUGGGACACCGCAUGCAGAACGUGUGGGGCAUCUACCACCAUCUGCACUGCAAUGUUCUGAUGGUGGAAUACCGCGGAUAUGGCCUAUCUACUGGUGUACCCACCGAGCGGGGUCUGGUCACCGACGCCAGGGCGGCCAUUGACUACCUGCACACCCGCCACGACUUGGACCACUCGCAACUGAUACUCUUCGGACGCUCCCUGGGCGGAGCUGUGGUGGUCGACGUUGCAGCCGAUACCGUAUAUGGACAGAAGCUAAUGUGCGCUAUUGUGGAGAACACUUUUAGCAGCAUACCGGAAAUGGCCGUGGAGCUGGUGCAUCCCGCUGUGAAGUAUAUACCAAAUCUAUUAUUUAAGAAUAAGUAUCACUCCAUGAGCAAGAUAGGCAAGUGUUCGGUUCCCUUUUUGUUUAUUUCGGGCCUUGCGGACAACUUAGUGCCACCGCGCAUGAUGCGUGCCUUGUAUACCAAAUGCGGCAGCGAGAUAAAGCGCCUGCUCGAGUUCCCCGGCGGAUCGCACAACGACACUUGGAUAGUGGACGGAUACUAUCAGGCAAUCGGUGGGUUUUUGGCCGAGCUACAGCAGCAGCCGCUCCUCAAGGCGCCGGAGAAGAGCAACGUCUGGGUGGAGCUGGAGCAUAAAAUCAUUGAUGUAUAGACCCGAAUACAUCAAGUGUUCAAUUGACUGUGUUAACACUGCGAAUGAUUUAAUACUUAUAUAUAUAUAUACACACGCAUAAUAUUAAUCUGUAUCUGACAGGGUUUUAAUCCGGACGUUGCUAUACGCCAAAUUGCUUUUUAUGUGCAGAGAAUAACGUGCUAGCGGAGAUGGCUGUUGAUUUUAAGUAACCAACUUAAGUAACUUUGCGCUUAAGCAAGUGAACACACACUAGAAUCCGAAUUUCGAUGUUUGUUUGUAUUUGUCCUAAGCUGUGUUAACCUACUACUUUGCCAAUUGGCGGCCUGUUGAGAGUAUGGAAAUUGAUCAGUAUUUCACAAAAAGUAAACUAUUUUCUGGACUGAUUCCUACAUUGCCAGAUUAGUUCAUAGAAGCCUUCACCCCUAGCACGUUAACAUUUUGUGCUGUUUCCAUUUUUGAAGUGUUAAACGAAUAACUUGUUAAGAUUGCAAAGGAAGCCAGAAAAGUUAUCUUAAGUCUAGACUUAAGUGCGAAGAAAAAGGAAAUUCGAGAAACAAUAAACUGCAAACAAUUGCUAGAAUCCACGGAAAU